AGAUUACUGCAGGUUGGUUCUGCAUCCUCAAAGUGCUCACUACAAACCCUGUCACUUGGAUGUGGACUCCACAAAGAUUUAUCAUCUUUUUCUCUCUUAACUCUCCGUACCCAUUCCAAAUGAUUAGCUAAAUAACGAUUGGUACUGGGAAAACAAAACAGGCGAUAUGCUGGUGGUUGACAGGAGGCACAAGUUUCUUUAGUUUGAGGCUGACUAUUAUGCUCUGUGCAAAUACUUUUCCUCCACUUUUCCAAUUUCCUUGUGUUAUUCAUACACCCAACAACAGCACAAUUAGCAGGACCCAUCUCGAUAAGACUAGAAAGCCAAACAAAUUCUCUCACUACUUUACUCACAACACUGCCAGAAACUGUAACUGCCAGAGCGGUUUGUUUACCCAAAACUCUGCCCAGCUCUCCAAAUAAAAAUGGUAGCCAUUAGGUUGAAUUGGUGUAUAAAUAUAGAUGAAGCUGUGCGCAUUAAGGCAAAGAAGGGUCGUUGUCUUCCCACAUUCCACCUGCCCAAUGUUCUGUAACUUCACUCCCUGCAGAUAAUAUUAAGCGUUCAGAGUAUGUGAAUUUGGAACUAAUACUCCCACCAUCAUUAAAUUCGUUGUAUGUCCCAGAUGACGAGGGUGAGUAUGAUCUCAAUAUAAGAACAGCAGACUGCAACCCACAACUCUCACUUAGUAGUAAUGUUUUGGGUAGGCCUAAGAUUAAGGACUUCGUCUCUUGGUGCAAGUGAGAAAGCUGGUCACCCAUCAAAUUCUUUUGUCACCCAGUUUGCCAACCAAUACGUCUUCUCCGCUGUGUGUGCCUUUGACAAACCGCAUAGGCUGCAGUUAGCUAAUGAUCCUUUGCGACGAUGGGACCAGAUUGACGACUUGCUCGUUACUUAUAAUUUGGGAGAGGCUUUCUUGCUAACUAAAUCGUAUGCCUCUUCCACCUCUGCCUUGACAUUAACUGCUUACGGCAGCAGGAACAUUUUGCAACAAAUUUUACUAGGUUCCCCCAAAGGUUCAGAAUGCUUUCCAGUACUUUCCCGGCAGCGGCUUCUAUCAGGUAAAAUUUUCAUCAAAUCCCAGAGUGUGCUGGCAGUUUAAUAAAGGCCUGUAUUGUUCCAACAGAUGUCCCUUUCCACACAAGUGCACCUAUUGUUCCAGAAAUCAUCCAGCACACCGUUGCUUAUUUAGGCCCUUUUUUCCAAUUAAGUCCUCUGAUUGCACUUCUGUAAUUGUUUUAUUGUUGUGCAAAUUAUUACUUUUGCAUCCCAAUCGGAUCUUAGUUAAUUUUAUCCUUAUGGGUUCAAACUAGGGUGUCAAACUGGAUAACUUUUGACAUCUACAACUAAUAACAAAUCCUCUAUGAAAUAUUCGAGAAAAGUUGAUAAGACUAUUUUAAAAGAGUUGCCCCUCCUCUGAUUACCCUCCUCUUCCAAAUUUUUAUUGCUCCCCAUUGGGUGCAGCUCCUAAAAAGAUGAUACAAUUCAGGUAAUUUUAGACCUUUCAUCAACACAGUGAUUUUUAGUUAACGAUGACAUCUCUAAGGAAUCUUAUUCGGUUACAUACUCAUCAUUUGAGAAUGCCAUUGACAUGGUACGUGAACUUGGCUGGCACUGCUUUUAAGCAAAACAGAUGUCAAACAUGCUUUCCAGUUGUGUCUGGUUCACCCAGAUGACUGGCAUCUACUUGGCUUCAAAUGACAGGAAAGAUAAUUUUUCGAUGUUAUUCCUUUCAGUGGGAGGUCAUCACCAUUUAAUCACUUGCCAGACUUAGUUGACUGGGUUCUUUAUUACCUGGCUGCCAUCUGGCAGCUGUUUCAUUAUCUAGAUGACUAUAUUACAGGUGAUCCGCUAAAAGCAGCAUGCCAGGAUAUUGUUUAUUUAAUUCAAAAGGUCCUUUAGCCCUAGAGAAAGAUUAAUGCUCCAUCCUGCGUCCUUACUUAUAUAGGUAUUGAAAUUAAUACCACUCAAUUUAUUAUCCAUCUAUCUAAGAAAAAUUUUUAUGCUGUUUUGUCCCUGUUGAGAGUGUGAAAAGGAAAACUGCAGGAAAAAGGAGCAACUGUCACUCAUAGGAUUGUUGUCUUUUGCAUGCAAAGUCCUAAAUGUGAUUGUAUUUUCUGCAUAUAGGUUAAUUUACCUUUCUACCACAGUAAGUAGACUUCACCAUCACAUUACCAUUAUAUCAGAAUCCAGCAAGGACAUUGAGUUGUGGUUGAUUUUCUACUAAGUUGGAACAGGAUGGCAGUCAUCCAAAUAAAAAUUACGUCAGAAACUAUAAAUAUAUUUACGGACGCUUCCAUGAGUGGUUUAGGCAGUUUUUAUGAUGGAAAAUGGUUUUCCAUUUCUUUUCACAACACCAAUAAUUACAGCAUUGCCUUGCUCGAAUUACUUGCUGUUGUUUUAGCAGUACAUAUGUGGGGUGAGAAGUGGUCUAAUACCAUUUAUACAGAACAGGUCAUCAUUUAUACAGACAACAAGCUCAUAGUUCACAUAUGAAGUACAGGUUCUUGCAAAUGUGAGCGCAUCAAGAAACUUGUUUGAUUGUUGUUCUUUUUUACUGCAAACCACAACAUUAAUGUUUUGAUGCACCAUAUUAGAACAUGUUCUAAUUUUUAUGCAGACUUAUAUGCCCUGCCUACUUCGAUUAUUUUUCUUACCCAACAUCCAGAUCCAUUCCUCAAAUUUAUGAAUUGUGUUCCAUGCACAUGUAGUUGCCUUUUUUUUUCUACUUCAGUGCCAUUACUUUUUUCAUGCUGGAGGUAAGUGGGGGACGUUUUGAAAAAAAAAAUAACUUUUAUAUAUUUAUCUUUUUUUAAAUGAUCUUUUGAAACACAAGCUGUACUGAAGAAAAAAUUUAGAAAGCACGCUGUAUGUCCUAAGAAGCACAGAUGCAUGAGACAAUUGAGAUGCCUUGAGCUUCAGACGCAUCAAAAUUUCCUAAGUGUUAGAUAAACGCUAAUUACUGUUGGUAUUCAAAACCCUAAACAGCAGGUGCAUGAAACAAUUAAGAUGCCUGAGUGUCAGCGUAUUAUCGUUUCGUGGUGUUGCUGUUUAACUGCAUGCUAACAUUUGGUUCAUAUUUCUGUUUUGACAUGCCCAGUGUAUUGCAAGAUACCUUCACAGGAACAUUUGGUUACAAUUGCACUACUGAUAACUCUACAAAUGUAAGAACUUGUGAGGAACAUCUUGGUUUAAGUGAAACCCAAUAUGGACUGCUUUACAGUGUUUAUGCAUGGAUGAAUGCACUUGUUGUUAUUGGUUCUGGUCUCCUAAUUGAUAAAUUUGGACAGAGAGUUGGUGCACUGCUUUUCUCGGCACUGUGCGUUAUUGGCUCAUCAAUUUUUGCUGCUGGUUACUUUUUCAAGAAUGGAAAUGCUAUGUUUCCUGUGUUCCUUUUUGGACGUUUACUUUUCGGUGCUGGCAACGGAUCACUUACUAUUGCACAAAAUAGAAUAUCGGCAUUUUGGUUUGAUGGCAAGGAACUAGCAUUUGCAUUUGGUUUAACACUAGCAUUUUCUCGCUUAGGUAGCAUAUUAAACUUCUUGCUUACUGAAAAUUUUGUAGCCAAAUAUGGUUUAAAAUGGACAUUAUGGGGAGGUGCUUUGUUGUGUGCCCUUGGAUUCCUAUCCGCUAUUUUGCUGUAUUACUUGGAUAAAAAUGGAACCAAACAGUUAAACAAGGAAGAAGACAUGAAGCAAGCUUCUAAAAAAAUGAGGUUGGGUGAUAUCAAAUACUUGAAGUUGCAAUUUUGGUUACUAGUUAUCAUCACCAUGUUUUUCUACAACACCGUUUUCACGUUCAUGGCCAACGCAAAGAAGUUUAUUGAGCAAAAUUAUGGUUACGAUCAAGACAGCAAAACACCGGCGUACAUAGCCGGUAGCGUAUACGACGUCUCUCUUUUUUUCACGCCUAUCUUUGGAAUACUAGUGGAUUACAUGGGAUACAGAGGUGUUGUGGCUACAAUAUGCGCAUCUUUGAGUAUCCCCGUGUUCGCCUUUCUCGCCUUCACACAUUACACGCCGCUGAUUGGUACAAUACUGCUUGGUGCGACCUAUUCAGCUGCAGCUUGCAGUUUAUGGCCUUCUGCUCCGCUAGUGGUCAAUCCUGGCGUUUUGGGGACAGCUUUGGGAUUGAUGACGUCCGUACAAAUGAUAGGCAUCGGAUGUUGUACACUUAUUGUUGGGGCUAUACUGGAUCAUACAAAUGACAAUUGGAAAUAUGUGAUGUUGUUUUUAUUUGCUAAUGCUGUAGCAUGCGUAUUAUUUUCGAUUUUGUUGAACAUUGUUGAUUGGAAAAGGGGUGGUGUGUUGAACAAAACACGUAAAAGGGCGAAAAAACAUCGACCAGUAACAGAAGAAAUUCCAGAUACAGACGCGUUGAUUAGUGACGAAAAUAGCGUUAACACUUAAAAUUUUUGGGAUUUUAGUGUUUUGUAAAUAAUUUUAGGAGAGCAACUUUUUAUAGUGUGAUAGACAAUUUUUGUGCAGUGUUCACAAAUUUCAAUUAAAAACAGGUGUUCGUAUGCUAAAAGAACACACCACUUGGGUACAAUUAUUUUCGACACUUUUCGUUACUGAUAGCACACAAAAAUUGGUACGUUCGAGCUAAGAGGAUAUGUUUGAGGUAUGCUAUAUGGAUAGGAAUCCUUUUUUCUGUCCUUAUGUAUGUAUCUAAAUAGCAUCCUCUCACCAGGGUUUAAUACCUGAUGCCAAAGCCGCCAGCCUUUGAUGACAGAAAGCAUAAAACCCUGGGGAAGAGGUUGUGUUAAGAUAAAAUUUGCUACUACGACGCUUACCACCCAAGAGCUCUGGGGACGAGAAUGACUUCUUACCAAUGGUUUUAUUAAUAUUUUUUUACACAAAAUUGUAGUUUUAAUAUAAUGUAAACAAAUAUAACUGACAGAGUUUUUUAA